AUUAAAGAUCAGUAAAUCAAUAUAUUUCCUACAAGUCAGAUAGCUAGUCCUGAAUAUAAAAUGGCGACUACAACUGCUCUGAAGAAUGAUGCUAAGAGUACAGGUCAAUCUGUUCAUGAUUCUUCAUCAUUUGUUGCUGAUGGCACAAACGAAUCACUGUCAACUGCCAAAGAGAAUACUAAAAGUGUGCUAGAUGAUGCCAAAGAGUCUGCGACAGAUAUCAGCAAAAUUCCAAGGAGUACUAUUGAAUCUGCUAAGGAUCUCACGCACAAUGCGGUAACAGAGCUCACCAAAAUCCCGACAAAUCUCCGAGAUUAUUUUUUCAGCGAUCCGCACUUUGAACUGAGCUGGGAGCACUAUGAUAAAAUAAAGGAGCAUAUUCUAGGAGUGUCUGCUGAUCUAUGGCAUAAAUUUGAUCAUCAAUUGAGAAGUUUAUCCUAUACUCCUCCUGCUGAACAGGGAGAAGUGGAGAUAAAAGAAUAUGAUCAAAAGACGAAUACACCAUUUCCUAGAUAUUGGAUGCUGCCCUCUUUCCCUGAGUUGAAGACGAAGGUGAUGAACCUCAACCUGUUCCAGGAGGUCGACAACGAGCUCAUCAGGUUCAAGGAAGACGAUACAAGUCUCGAGGUCAGUCUCGACACUCACAACUUCAAACCUGACGAGAUCAACGUGACCGUGGACAAGGGAAUCCUCUACAUACUCGGGAAACACGAGGAUAUCUCUGAGAAUAAGAAGCACAUCACUGUACGGGAAUUCCGACGAAUGUACACUCUCCCGGAGGGAAUGGGUAAAGACGACGUUGUAUCCAAUCUUUCCACUGACGGAAUCCUAGUAGUUACUGCCAAGUCUCAAAAGGCUUUGUAAAUAAUUAUCAAAUCAAGAGUUUUAUCAUAUUUUAAUAAAUUGUUUUGACCAUCUA